AUGACGCUCACAGUUGGAGUUCUCGCCUUGCAGGGCGCAUUCUUCGAGCACAUUCAAUUGCUGAAGAAGGCUGCUGAGCAGAACCGCCCCACAGAAUGGGAGUUCAUUGAGGUCCGAACGCCACAAGAACUGGCCAAGUGCGAUGGACUUGUUCUGCCCGGUGGCGAAAGCACCACUAUGUCUUUGGUGGCAGCCAGAUCGAAUCUCUUGGAGCCUCUGAGGGACUUUGUCAAGGUGCAUCGCAAGCCAGUUUGGGGCACAUGUGCAGGUCUGAUCCUGCUUGCCGAGUCUGCCAACAAGACCAAGAAAGGUGGUCAAGAGCUUAUUGGUGGACUGGAUGUUCGAGUCAACCGCAACCACUUCGGCCGGCAGACAGAGAGCUUCCAGGGUCCAUUGGAGUUGCCGUUCUUGGGCCAAGAUGCUCCGCCAUUCCCCGCAGUCUUCAUUCGGGCACCGAUUGUGGAACGCAUCUUGCCGCAUCAAGAGGGCAUUCAAACCGGCGAAGUUCAGCAGGACGAGACUGUCGUUGCGCCUUCCCGGCGGGCCAAAGAUUCGGUGGCCGAAGCCGCCAUGGCUGAUCAUGUUGAGGUGCUGGCCACCUUGUCAGGACCGGCAGCCCGCUGUGCCACACAGGGGCGUGAUAUCAACCCAGACCAAGAGGUGGGCGACGUGGUGGCCGUGCGACAGGGCAAUGUCUUCGGAACCAGCUUCCACCCAGAGCUGACGGGAGAUGCCAGAAUUCAUGCAUGGUGGCUGCACCAGGUGCAAAAGGCAGUGAAUAAGAGAAACAAACUAGCGCACUAG